AUGUCGAAAGAAGGUUAUUUCUUUGAAAUCAUAUGGUGGGAUGGUAAGCAUUUAAGAAAAAAACCCAAGAAGAUAUUGGAAGUUGAUGAAUCUAGAAGUUCAUAUUACGAGGAAGAUAUUGGUAAAAGAGAAGAUUACAAAGAUGCAGAUGAAUUGGAAGAAAACAAUAAUAAUUCCAAAGAAUAUAAUAACGAUACAGAUAAAUCAAACUCUAUUUCGUCCUGGAAAUUAACAUUGCCUGAUGAAUUUGCAAAUAUUAGGUUCAUUAAUAAUAAUACGUAUAGCGGUCGUAUUAGUAGAAAAAUGAUGGAAGGUGAAGGCGUAUAUAGAUGGUCUAAUGGUGCUCAAUACAAAGGAGAAUUCGAACAAAAUCUUAUGCAUGGGAAAGGUUUACUAGAAUGGAACAAUGUUUGUUGGUAUGAAGGUGAUUUUAUGAAUGGCUACCGACAUGGUAGAGGAAUUAUGGUGGAUGGAGAAAAUCGUUACAUGUAUACUGGUCAGUGGUAUAUGGGUCAAAGACAUGGGAAAGGAAAACCUGCGAUCUAA